AUGGGCAGGCUAAGACUCCCAUGUACUGUCCCCCAGAUUGUCUUCUUUGAGGACAAAAACUUCCAGGGCCGUCGCUAUGAGUGCGACAGUGACUGUUCAGAUUUCCAUGCCUACCUGAGCCGCUGUAACUCAAUCCGGGUGGAGAGUGGGGCCUGGGUAGUGUACGAGAGGCCCAACUACAUGGGCUACCAGUAUGUCCUGACUAGGGGGGAAUACCCAGAGUACCAGCGCUGGAUGGGCCUCAAUGACCGCCUCAGCUCCUGCAAGAUGAUCCAUUUUACUAGUGGAACCCCUUACAAGAUGCAGCUGUAUGAGAAGGCGGACUUCGGGGGUCAGGUCUUUGAGGCCACAGAAGACUGUCCCUCACUUCUGGAGAAGUUCCGCUGGAGGGAGGUCAACUCCUGUAAAGUCUUUGACGGAUGGUGGGUUUUCUACGAACACCCCAACUACCGAGGAAGGCAGUACUUCCUGGAGAAAGGGGAAUACCGCAAGCCCGGUGACUGGGGUGCCAUCAGUCCGACAGUCCAGUCCUUCAGGCGCUUCACUGAAUGA